GUUUCGUUACCCUUAGUUCUAAUCGGCUAUGAAAAAGUAAACGGAUAAGAAGUGGUGUCUUAGAUGUGUUCAAUAUUAAUAGAAGUUUUCUGUAAUACGGAAUGUUUAACCUGUGUAUACAGUGCUUGUUGAGGGACUUCUCUUAUUCUAUGUUUUGUGUCGAAUACAAACACUGAAUGGAUUUAAGCAAAUAUCAUCUGGAUGCUUGUUCAAUAUUUCAAUAAUUGGAUAGGUCUUAACUCCACAGUCAGGUUGUUUGAACAAUGUAUUUCUUUUCGUGAUCGAAUAUAAUGUACAUGUUUGCUUGAUAUGUAUGCCAAAAUAAUUUGACAAAAGGUUAAAAAAGGUAAUGAAAUAUGUAAUCUGUUGAACUGCUUGAAAACUAAAAGGUGUGCAUUGAAUAUAAAGAAGUUAGAUGAUCUGAAACUUUCAAUAGGAAUUUCAUAUCAUGAUCAAAAUAUCUGGCACGAAGGGAUAGAGUCGGAUUGUCAUUCACGGUUUGUUUUGUGAAGGAAAGUUAUUGUGAACGUAGCAGAAAUAAACCUUUAACAAGAGUGUGACAACAAAGGCAUAAAUGAUUGGGAGCUAUAUUUGUGAAACAUGUUAUGACUUUGACGAAAUUUCUAAAUUAUAAAAAAAAUAAUAACAAUGUCGCAACAUUAAAAUACAACAUGAGGAGUAUUUACCUUUGGUGAAAUGAAAAACGAAACGAACGCUUGAAAACAAGGGGAAAGCUUUACCCUUUAAACGUCGUGAAGCGUCCAUGCUGGAUUAACCACAAUGACAGACCUGAACGAAGACCAGGUGAUUCAGUACCUGCACGAGAAUCCAAAGUUCCUCGAGGACUAUGUGUUAAGUCAUGUGAACCAGGAGCGCCUCAACCGCUGGACCGCAUGGAAGGAGCAGGCGCGCCGACAUCGACACGGCGAGAAUCUCAACGGAGAAAUUAUUCCCGAUCGGAAGGCAACAUUAGCGAAAUGGAAGGCGUCGAUGCACUCGAAGAAGUGGAGCCUGUUGCAAGAGCUCACGCGGGAUAUUCACAACCACUCAAACAAGGCGCAGGUCCUCGCCGAACUCGCUAACUGUAUAGCCACAGCUACCUCAGCGGAGGGCCACAAUCUCUACCUCAUAGAUACCUCCCAGCAACAACUAUACUACCAGAAACCUACCAACAACAACAAGAGUGAAAUGACGUCAUCAUGUGUUGGGAGCGGUCGCCUUUCGUCAACUCUGGCUGGAUAUGUCGCCUGCACAGCAGAAACCGUUAGAACUGGCGAUAUUUUGGCGGAUGAUCGGUUUCCGGACGGGCUGGCGGUGGGUGGAGAAAAAUGCCAGUCUGUGAUGGGCCUUCCCAUUAUAAAGGGGGACGGAUCAUUAACUGGUGUUAUAGAGCUGUACCGCAAUGUGGGUGGGGGAAUUUUCACCCUGGAGGAUGAAGAGGUGGCGAUAUCAAUGGUCAUGUGGGCCGAUCUCUGUGUAGAAUAUGUCGAGAUGUACAACUGCAUGACGAGACAACGGAAAUUGAACGAGUUUCUUCUAGCUGUUACGAAGUCAAUUUUUCAAGACAUUGUCAGUAUGGACACAGUUAUUAUGAAAAUUAUGAACUACGCCAAAAAGCUAGUGAAUGCAGAUCGAGCCUCUUUGUUUCUGCUGGACACAAAUACAAAUGAGUUGUACGCAAGAAUAUUUGACACGGGGAAGAUCGAUGAAAAUUUACCGAGCAAAGAGAUCAGGUUUCCUAUGGACAAAGGAGUUGCAGGUCACGUGGCCUCAACGGGAGAAAUUCUGAACAUUGCUGAUGCGUACACGGACAGGCGGUUCAAUAGGGAGGUCGAUAUGCAGACAGGGUACAGAACCAAAUCGAUAUUAUGUAUGCCGAUAUACAUCCGCGGAAAUAUUAUAGGCGUUGUUCAGAUGGUCAAUAAACUUCAAGGAACAUUCACCAAAUCAGACGAAGAAUCAUUCGAGACGUUUGCAGUCUACUGCGGUUUGGCGUUACAUCAUGCCAAGCUGUACGAGAAGAUCCGGCGGUCGGAGCAGAAGUACAAGGUGGCGUUGGAGGUUUUGUCCUACCACAGUCAGAGCUCAGAUGAUGAGUUCACCACAGUGAAAGAAGUACCUGUACCCGAUCAAAUCACCAACAUCACACAUUAUCACUUCUCACCAUGGGCUGUGACCAACAUGGAGAAGCCGAUAUACGUCUUGUACAUGUUUAGGGACCUAUUCCGCAGAAUUAACAGUGUGCGAGAAAAUGAGAAAAGAUAUGAUAUGGACAGUUUAAUUCGGUUUACAUUGACGGUACGUAAGAAUUACCGUAACGUACCGUACCACAACUGGGACCACGCGUUCUCUGUAGCGCACGCCAUGUACACCGUUAUCAAGACGUCGGAACACAGAUUCACGGCACAAGAGUGUCUGGCGCUGUUUGUGGCAUGCCUGUGCCACGACCUAGACCACCGAGGGAAGACAAACGCUUUCAUGGUGAAGAGCGCCUCGCCACUCGCCGCCAUAUACUCCACAUCCACCAUGGAACAUCACCACUUCAACCAGACUGUCACUAUCCUUCAGAACGAUGGUCACAACAUAUUCAAACAUCUUUCAUCAGAGGACUACAAAAGGAUGUUGAGUGAUAUCCGGAACAGCAUAUUAGCGACGGACCUUGCCAUGUUUUUCGGAAACAAGGCCAAGUUAAAGGACAUCGCGGACAGAAACGGGCUCUCGUGGAAGGACGAUGAACACAGACGGCUGGUACACGCUAUUGUUAUGACCGGCUGCGACCUUGUCGCCUCCGCCAAACCCUGGAAGAUGCAGCUUGACACGGUCAAGUAUAUAUUUGAGGAGUUUUAUCAGCAGGGAGACGAAGAGAAAGCGAAGGGGCUGACCCCGAUGCCGAUGAUGGACAGAGAGAAGAAACAUGAACUACCACAACUAGAGGUGGGAUUCCUGGUGGGGAUCUGUUUGCCCUGCUACGAACUGAUGGCACAGGUCCUGCCUGAAACUAAACCAAUGAAGGACGGAGCACUGUCGAACAUGAAGAAAUGGAAGCAGCUGGCAGAGAAGCCCCGGGACGACGUGGAGGCGGAGCUGAGUAUCGACAUCUCGGAGCGCCGCCACAGCCUCAUCCAGUACGGCGAACAUCCAGAGGACGACUCCUCAACCGACUCCGAAAAACCGGAGGAUAUCGCUGAGGAAACGGAGAGCUGCGGAGAAGAUAGGGACACAGACGUCAGUGGUAGCAGUCCCACCGCCAGCCACCAGGGGGAGGACAGUGUCUCCGAUCACGUGCUUAUACACGAGGAUGACAGCGUCCAUUGCGUCGAAUGAUGUUUGUCAGUUGAAAUUGCUUUCUCAGACUAUUUCACAUCGAAAACAGGUGAAGCUGAAAGUGCUAUUUGUUGGAAUAUUCACAUAACUACGUUUUUGUAUGAUAUGGUCAGACUCUUUACGGAAGAUAUAUCAGAUACCGGUAUUUUACAAAAGGCAUUCGAAAAGACUUGUCAUUCCUUGAAUCGUUGUGUGUAAAUAGUGUCAUCCGGCCAUUCCUUGUAUAAGAAUAAUGCAUAUCAGUAGUAGUAUAUCAUCAUAUUGGAAUGUUUUAAGACUUCCCUGUACAGUUAACUAUACUGUGGAGUGAGGACAGUGCGAGGUCGUCUCAAAAUACGGUGCUCUAUGACAGCCUUGUUCGGGCUGGGUAUUCGUGUAACGUACAUUGCAACAAGCAGUGCGUUUGGACGACAUUUAAGAAUAUCUAUUUUGCAGAUUUCGUUCUCAUUGUAACGAGUUUUAUUGUGGAAGGUUAUAACUUGUUGCUGUUGAUGUUAGAAUAUACUUGUAGUUAUCGUUGAAUUGAAAUGAGUUCAUUAUUAUCAUUAUUAUUAUUAUUAUUAUUAUUAUCAUUAUUAUUAUUAUUAUUAUUAUUAUUAUUAUUAGUAUUAUUAUUAUUAUUAUUAUGUAACUAUUAUUGCAUCGUGAUGUAUCUAUUGACUUAUAUUUCACCUGCAUUAUUUGUAAAUAGUAUGUGACUAUGUGACUGUUGUGGGCACUGUUUCCAGUAUUCGCAGAGGCUCUAGUGGUUAACCCUGUGAUAGCGUGUUGUAGGCGUCAUUCCUCGACACCUGUUUGCCUGUGUAUUCGUUGUAUGUAUUCGUUUCUUAGUCUCAUAGAUUUACGAAGACAAAUAUACUUUCAUUGAGGGUACACUGACCUUUGUUUCGUUUUGUAUUUAAGAUUGUACAUGGAAAUAAACAUGAAACGUG